AUGAUAGAGAACACUAAAAAGCGGAAGAGGAAUCCGAAUGCCCAAUCUGAGUUGACGACCGCCCAGAGGGGUAUAAUAGACGCGAACUGGCGUAAACUAAACUCGAACGGCCUGCUGAUGGAGGAUAAAGAGAAGCCCGCGCGCCAGGAGAAUCACUACACUGGCGCAUUCCGGCGGGCGAGAAAGAAAAAGGCGCAAAACCACACGGACUCCGUCGACGCCGAUCUGCAAUCACUGCAGAUAGACGACCAAGCAAAGCCUGCCGCCUCUGCGAGUGUGCCAGCCGGCCCCGUGCGCAAAGAGAAACGGGGCACCCUGACCAGGUUCAUAGCGAUGGACUGCGAGAUGGUGGGGGUCGGCUACGAGGGCGGGGACCACAUGCUGGCGCGCGUCUCUCUCGUGAACAAGUUCGGGGACUGCGUCUACGAUAAAUUUGUGAAGCCGCGCGAGGAGGUGAAGGACUACAGAACGGACGUGAGCGGAGUGCGCAGGGAGGACCUCCUCAACGGCGAAGACUUCGCCGCGGUGCAGAGGGAGGUGGCCGAAAUACUGCGGGGCAAGGUGCUGGUGGGCCACUCGCUGAAGAACGACCUCCGUGUGCUGUUCCUCUCGCACCCAAAGAGGAACAUCAGGGACACGUCCAAAUACAAACCGUUUAAGAAGAUAACAAAUGGCAGCACACCGUCGCUGAAACGCUUGGCGAAGGAAAUACUCGGAAUAGACAUCCAGCAGGGCGAGCACAGCUCAGUGGAGGAUGCCAAGGCAGCGAUGCAGGUGUACUGCACCGUUGCAAAGGCCUGGGAGAGCAUGUUGAGUGAGAAGCGAGGCAACAGCAAGAAGACAGUGGAGGAA